CCUCUCUCUCCAGACUCAUUCUUGUAGCGCAAAACUGAGCAGUGCGCUCUUUCGGUGGCAUAAACAUAAAUUCGCUUCUCUGCUUUUAUUUUCCUCGUUUUAUAACAUAAACAUUUGCGACGGAUGCCAAUAAACUUGACGGUUACACGAUGCGCCUCAAACUUUUUAUGGUGUUUGCCACCAUUCUAUUGAUCCCCUCCGCCCGCGGCGUAAUUAACGAGGCCAUGGAGGUUAUAGAGAUGAUCAGAGUUGUGAACAGCGCGAUAUUGAAGACCUGGGAUGUGGUAGAGUCCCUGCCGGCUAACGGCAUCCAUGACAAGCAGCAACAACUGAUGAACCGCAUCGAGGAGGUGGACGACCACAUCCGUAGUUUGGAGCAAAUGGAAUCCCUUCGCGCUGCCCUGACCAUCGAAACCCUGAUUCGGGAGUUUCACCAGCAGUCUGCACUGCUGCACAAGCUGAACGUGGUCAAAGACCUAACCACAAUCGUGAAAACCCGCUACACACAGUUGAGUGACUAUGUCCAGCACAAGGGAUGCUCUGGAGGCCGGCACGCUGCUGAAAUUCGCCGAAUGGAACGUGGACCCGGGCACCAGUUCAUUGGCUUUCCAGCUGGACCUCCUGCAUGUGAGUCUGUUUGGGGAUGAGGAGCAGGCGGACAAUAACAGCGACUCAUCCAACACACUGCUGUCCCAACUGACGAUCAACUACGAGGAGUCACCGGACCAGAUGUGCGUGGCCAAACACUCGGCCCAGCAGUUCGCUUUUCAGCUCUUCACAAAGGCAGCGCUCACCGAACUCAAGGCGUACAGCAUUAUGGAGUUCUCCUGGAUGACCCAAAGGGACCUCGGGCAAGGCAACUUCACACAGGAGAUAGCUCUGAUGCGCCAAAACUACCAACGGCGCAUGAACGCCUCCGUGAGGGUUCUUAGUCAGGUGAUGGCUGGCAGCGGACGUGUCUACUGGCGCUGUGAUCCCGGCAAGAAAAAAGCACGUGUCCGGGGAGACCUACGAUCGGGUUACGCGACUCCUCCAGGGCUACGUGGAGAACGAGGCCAACUUGGGCGAGGACCAGUCAUGCUGGGGCACCUGUGGCGACUAUCAGGAGACUCGCUCCAAUGGCUGCUACAAGGGUGAUGAGCAGCUCUGCGGCAAGCUGCCGAAGUGCAACGGAAAACUCUACAACUGCGGCGGCAUGGACUCGGAGCUUCAGGUCUGCCCGUCCGGGGGGAACUCCUCGCGACGCUACGAUUACAUUCAGCCCGAUGGCCCGAUUCUCGGCCGGAAGAGCUCCAGCGGAAAGUGCGAGACGGCCACUGAAACGGCCUCUUCCUCGUCUCACUAUCUCUUCUGGCGCUGCUCAAACUGCUUCUGCCUGUGCGACGAGCCGGGACCGCUCUCUGAUCGCUUCUUUAACCUGCGCGACUCGCUGUCGGACUUCAUGGCGAACAAGGUGGUAACAGGUGUGCGCUUCGUGAAGAUUAAUCGCGUCUUCCACUUGCAGCUGCAGCAGGGCGAGCUCAUGCCCCGCGGGCCAUCAACGUGUCCUCGCUGGAGUGGCUGGCAGUGGACGCGUACCACCUGA